AUGUACGAUAUAUUGUUGGAUGAAGCAAAUGGUCAUAACUUCAAACUCAGUGAAGGCUGUAUCAAGUAUGCCGACCCUCUUACAACUCCAGUAGCCAAGGAAACUAUUGUCAACGCUAUUGUAAUUGAAACUAAAGAUUUGUUGAAAGAUGCAGUGGACGGAGAUGAGGGAGAGGAAGCCAUCAAUUUGACUUCAAGUCGUGGGUGGACUGCUGGCGAGGCUUACAUGGACUUUCGUUUAAUUGGUUCAGCAGAAGGGUUCGCCUCCUUGAACUCUCGAUUAAAUAUGAACAAUAGAAGAUAUGCUUCUCCAUUAUAUUAUUUCUUGUUCUUCCUUCCUAUUGAUUAUUUUUAUUCAAUUGUUCAUAACACGAACGUCCAUGCAAAAAGUACUGGUCCUGGAGGUUAUCUAAAUACAUUUAAAUUUCUUACUAACAGCAUAAACAAACCACCAGCGACCAUGGGUCAGUUAGCUAUGAUUGGACUCAAUUCCGAUGAAUUCAGCCAACUGCUUGCUACUCGCUUUUAUAAACAGAUAGUCUGA